CUUAUUCAAUAAAAUGCAAAUUACAACCUAUUACGGCAUUUACAACCAUUAUGGCAUUUACAACCAUUAUGACACUUACAACCAUUAUGAUAUUUAUAGCAAUACGGCAUAUUACAACUUUGG